AUGACGGAGCAAGAGGACGUGUUGCGUUCGUUUCUGGACGCAGCAGUGUUGCAUCCUGGCGAUCUGGUCUUUAUUCAAUCGUACCGGCGUGAGGUUAUUGAAAAGUGUAAAGCCGGCGAAUUGCCGCUUAAUUGUCUAGCGAGCCAGGUACUGGCUGAGGCCUACCGCUUGCAACACCGCAGAUCUGAGCAGCAUUUGCGCACACUGCUAAACGCAAUAUGCGAUCAAUUUCCGUCAUUUCCAGAUACAUUUUGCCAGGUACUGUGCGCUAAGAAAUCUGCGCUCGUCGCCUCUUUUGCAGGUGCACGUGUCAUAGCGCUGCGGCUCUCAUGCGUCGUGUUGAAUGCGCAACUGACGGUCAAGGCGGAUGUUUUGUGGAUUCGCAAACUUCUAGCAGCGCAAAGUCACUUGCUAGAAUCCACAAUUAGCGACAGUAAGCGCAUCCAGCAGCGAGCGCAAAAUGCGCUGCUCAAGCUGCUUAAGAAACACGGCCAGUUACUACACCUGGGUUACAUGGACAUGAUCGCUGGAGCAGAAGAAGAAGAUACACAUUUUCAGCUGUGGCUAUUGCUAGGUCUCUGUGAUGGACUUAGCAUAGCGGAACAGGAAUUGAUGUGGCGCAAAUAUGUUUUCUGGGCUUUUGGAAGCAAGAAGCGCACGUAUGUGCCGCUGCUUCACACCGACGAGAGAUUCAAAAACCUAAGCCACGAGCAGUUUCAAAGGAUUAUUAUGCCUUCGAUGAAUAAAAUGCUCAAGAAAGCGCCCGAAACAGUGAUUGAAGCCGUAAACGCACUUGUGAUCGCCGCACAAUUGGAUUUUGGACGAUACGUGAGCGACAUAUUCCAACCGGUUCUGAUCUCCAAGCUUCGGACGCCUAAAGACGAUGUGCGUACACUUGCAGCCGCGCUGAGUGGCGCACUGAUUCGAUCGUUCCGUGAUAGUAAUCAUAUGCUGCAGUUUGUGACUGUUAUGAGUGCCCUGCUUGACGGUAAGUACGGUAUUCUUGCGCAAUUCUACCAACGCAAAGUCAUUUUCGCAGUGCUUAAUGAUGCUGCCGAUGUCGUGACGGUGCAACUUCACGCGAUGGACGUACAAGAAAUUUCAUCAAUUGUGAUUCCAUCGAUGCUAAAAGUUGUUGGCAAGGAGGCACAUGAUGAAGUGCGUCAUCUUGGACUUCUGGCGCUUGGAAAGUGGCUUACGCUUACUGGCACUGACGAAUUGGGCGCGGACGCGUUCAAUGCUUUUAAAACAGGACUGAAGAACAAAUCUGAGUCUAUGAUCGCUGGCUAUCUUCGUGCUCUAGCGACAAUUUCCAGGGCUAGAGUCACUGCAGUUGUUUCAUUUUCGAGUGAAGUUGUUACUGUAAUCAAAGAAUCAGCCAAAAAGCCGAACAUGGUGCAUCUCGACGGCAUGUUUGCAGUUGCUGUGGCUGUUGCUAUUGCGUCUGCCAGUAGCGAAGUGGACGCUGAAAUGGCUCGACAUAAUGUUGCAAAUCUGCUGAGGAGCUCGAUGCCCUUUGUCAUACAAAGCACGCGAGCUUUGUUAAGCAUUGUAGCGAUUACGUCUCGAAGAAUUGCCGAAGCUGAAUCCCCCGAGGUUUCGGCUCUUGUUGCUCUUUCUCAGGCUCUCGUGUGGGUUCUGUCAUCACGGAUUUCGGAUGCAAGCGAGGCAUAUAUGUUGUUAAUAGAACUACUGUGCUCGUUUAAUCCCACUGUGCGUCAGAGUGGCGAGUGUGCGCUAAAAACUCUGUAUCAAAUGUCGUUAGAGCACUGCUGUGGCCUUAUCGUUGCAUUCGAAAAAAAGAUUCAAGAGUUUUGCGUUACAGAUGAGGCUAAUCUUCCACCUGCAAGUUUGCUUCGUCGUGCAUUACGUGAGAUUUUAACAUUUGCAACUAGUAACGCCGACGACGUCAAAGUACAAGUGUUUUCGCAUGUGAUUUAUCUUGCACACCACCCAUUACUUUCCAACGGCAAGAAGGCAAAGAAGCUAUCACGUGAGUGGCACUCUAUUCGUCACCGUUUCUUGAGUCCUCGUGCUGCUUCAGCUGUGGACGGAGAUGACUUUCAGCCUCCUAGCAAUGCGAGUUGUGUAGACAAUUUCAUCGAGGAACAUGAGGAUGUGAAGACAGCCAUCGUUGAGCUACUGGCCAAUACCCGCACAGGCAAAUUGUAUGCCACGAGUCCUCUGGAGCGGCUGGCUGCACAGCGCACAUUGGCGACGCUACUCGACUUCGCUGGCAAUGGUGCGGGCGAGGAUCUUGCUUUGCAUGCCAUUAUCGAAAAUUUGCUGGCGAAGCGUCUGGAUUGUGAAAAAAUUGGUGAUCUUAAUGAGAAUGAAAUCAGUGUCUGCCAGACACCUUUCAAUCAUUUAUUCGAGCCUAAGAAACAAGAUAAUGAUAGAAAAGUAAGCGCUGGGCGGAACAGAUGUCCUUCUCGUCGUAGCAACGAGGAAGCAGGGUGGGAGCAAGAAUCACGCGAGCUCGAGCGUCAGAAGAAAGGAAGGCAAGGAGCUCAGGAGGAAGAAUAUUCGACUGAGCAGAAGGCACUUCUAGCCAAACAACAGGAAUUGCGUCGUAAAUUUCAAGAGACGCGCCACAUCGUGGCAGCCGUGCUUGAAGCUAUCGAUAUGCUCGCAGUCGCUCGUCCAAAUGAGCUGCACCCAGCGCUACCGCGCCUUCUUUGUUCUGUUUAUAGGCUCUUUGCUUGCCCCCUCUUUAGAUCAGAAGCUUUUUGUGCAUUGACGGCUCUAGCUAAGGCCAUCAGCCCCAAAGUUCUUCGCUUGAAGUAUCAAGAUGUUGCUUCUGCCUUGCGCAUUGUUUUGCAGAUGAGUCAGCUUUCUGACGACAAAGCGAAGGCUGCUUGCAUUGCUAACUCGAAGACGUUAUAUUUGCGGCUUCUUGCGAAGCUUAUGGAUUACGUGUUUGGCUUCCAAUUCGAGAAUGAGGAAGAUUUUGACGCUGAUGCUUCAUGUAACCUAAUCCCACCACCCACACUACAUCUGAUCUUUCCUGUGCUGCGUGGCCUGCUUUGCUUUGCACCGGAAUUGCGUCGUUGGGCAUUGCCUCUCUUUGCUGCUCACGCACACAUGAUCCCGGACGAAGAAGAAGAAGAAGUGGGUGACGUGGCGGCCCAGCGAAUGCUGCGCUUGGAGAUGUUGCAACUUACUUUAAUGUUGUUAUCCCACCAGGCGAGAGGCAGUCUGCUCCCCAUCACAAAUCCGGAUCUUUCUCCAGAGAAGCUUUUAACAUCUUUGAGCUCAGGACCCGAUUUGACUGCGACCGAGUGGGCUCCUUUGCUUGGCUGUGAUGGCUUGCUUUCUGAGGUGGCGAGCAUUCGUGGAGCAAUAUUAAUUGCCUUACUCAAUGUCAUACAGAGGGAUGGAGCCCCCAACAUUGUUUUAGACGUGGAGUUGAGCUCGCUUUUGGUGAGCCGAUUGCACUGUUGUCGCUUUGACCUCGACGAAAAUAAUCGCGAUGUUGCCAAGCAAUUGUGGAACGCUUUUGGUGCCAAUGUCGAGAAAAAUUUUGCAGAACCCUUGCUUGAACUGUUGAGCAAUAAGCAUGCAAGCGUACGUGAUAGUGCAUCGCUUGCUCUUGCCGAUGGCUUGCGUCAAUUUCCGAACUUGAUGACGCCAUUAUUGAAUAACUUAAAGACGCAAUUUUUGCAUUGUCAACCCACAUCAGUAGAGCACAAGUACGAAUUUGGCAUCUCUUCUGUUCGCCACUCAGUUGCGCGUAGUGUCGAGAAUAACGAGGAUGAUCAGAAACUUUAUUCUCGUCUUGGUGUCGCUGUGAGCUUGGAAAAAGCAGCAACAUUUGCUGGCCCCGAGGCUAUGUCCAGUACAAACACGAUCACGUUGCUGACGUUCGUGAUGGAACAUGGACUGAGAGACUCAAAUUCUUUAGUGCGUGCACAAAUGCGCAAAACUGGUAUCCAGGCUGUUACUUCGUUGGGGGGAGGGGCAAACACAUCGCCUCUGCUAGAUUUGCUAGAACGAUUUCUCGAGGCUACUUCCUCACCACCUCCUGCUAUACAUAAGAAUGAUACCAUAGAAGAAGCAAGGUUCGGAAACUAUCUUGCUGCUGAAGAAUAUAAUAUGCUGGAGCAACAAAAACAAGCACUAUCCAUCUAUGAUCAUCAGCGCGAGGGAGUGGUGGUCUGUUUAGGCUCUCUUGCCAAGCACAUGGCCCCGACAGAUCCAAAAGUGUCAUCCAUUGUAGAUUUGCUGAUCGAAGCACUUGGGAUUCCAUCCGAGUCUGUGCAGCGUUCAGUUGCGACAUGUCUUUCACCGCUGAUGAUUGCGGUAAAAGAACGUAGCGCAGCUAUUUUGGACGAUUUGCUAAAGCGCGUGGCUAAAGGUGAAGCUUUUGGUGACCGGAUGGGUGGAGCCUUUGGUGUUUCGGCAGUAAUUAAGGGACUUGGUAUUUCUGCUAUGAAACAGCACAACAUCAUCCCGCGUCUUGAAGAAUCGACAGAAAAGGGUGGAGCAAAUGCUCGCCAAGGUGCAAUGCUUGUUUUUGAAUGUUUAAGCCAGCGUCUCGGAAUCCUAUUCGAGCCUUACAUUAUCGUGAUCCUGCCUAUUCUGCUCAAGUGCUCGGCUGAUCCUAGCCCACAAGUUCGUGAAGCUGCCAGUCACACUGCCAAGAAAAUCAUGGAGAACUUGUCGGCGCACGGUGUAAAGCUCGUCCUUCCUUCACUUCUGCGUGCACUGGAAGAAAGCGCCUGGCGUACAAAGCAAUCAGGUAUUCAAAUUUUAGGCUCCAUGGCGUAUUGUGCCCCGCGACAGCUAGGUUCGUGUCUGCCUCAGGUAGUACCCAAAUUGCUGGCUGCUCUCAUAGACUCGCACCCGAAGGUGCGCGAGGCUGGCAAAAGCGCAUUGCGGGAUGUCGGGUGUGUUGUGCGCAAUCCCGAGAUCGCAGCAAUCUCCAAGGUACUUCUCGACGCGCUUGAAGACCCCAAUCGCCACACAGCCGACGCACUCCAGCAGCUGCAAUCUACUUCUUUUCAGCACUCGAUCGACGCACCUUCAUUGGCCCUUGUGAUGCCAAUCAUUUCGCGCGGUCUGAAGGAUCGUGCUGGCGAUGCCAAGAAGAAGGCGGCACUUAUUGUGGGUAGUAUGUGCUCAAUGAUUAACGACUCAAAAGACUUGGUGCCUUACAUGGAGACAGUUUUGCCGAGUAUCAAAACUCAGCUUGUGGACCCGAUUCCAGAAGUUCGUGCCGUGGCUGCUAAAGCUUUAGGCAAGCUAGUAAAAGGUCUUGGGGAGCGUCAUUUCGCUGAAAUGCUGUCAUGGCUUCUCGAGGCAAUGAAGGACGACAACGUCGGCCCCAUUGAGCGCUCGGGUGCUGCGCAAGGUCUAUGUGAAGUCGUCGUUGCUCUUGGACUUGAGCGUGUGGAGCGUGUCAUGCGAAAUGACAUUCUACCAUUAGCCCGCCACCCAAAGUACUCUGUGCGUGAAGGUGUACUGUGGGUUAUGGCCUUCUUGCCGCCUGCACUUGGCAAACGAUUUUCAAUUUUUCUUCGUGAAGCGCUGCCUAUUGUAGUAGCAGGACUUAGCGACGAAGCCGAUUCUGUGCGCGAUGUUGCUAUGCACUCCGGUCACGUUGUGGUGAACGCGCACGCGCUGUCGCAUACUCGCGAACUGCUGCCUAGUCUGGAGGCUGGUCUAUUCGAUGAUAGCUGGCGUAUUCGCCAGAGUUCUGUCAUGUUGCUUGGUGACUUAAUGUACCGUAUUAGUGGCACACGUGCCGUCGCAUUUUCUAACGAAGAAAUUGACGAUGAUGACGAUAGCUCUGGUAGUGCUGCUGGUGACCGAGCUAUUAUCAAGCUGUUGGGUAUCAAGCGCCGCAACGCAAUUUUGGCUUCACUCUAUAUGAUUCGUUCAGACACUUCUGCUGUGGUGCGCCAAAGCGCUCUGCAGGUCUGGAAGAGUGUCGUUGCGAAUACGCCAAAGACACUACGCCAGAUCCUUGAAGCCUUAAUGAAUGCCAUUGUGUCAGCGCUUUCAGGUGACAACAUGGAAAAACAAACUAUGGCUGGACGUACUUUAGGAGAAAUUGUGCGCAAAUUAGGCGAGCAUGUGCUGCCGGAGGUGGUACCUAUUCUUCGUGCCGGUUUGUCGCCUUCGCUUCCAAUUGGUCGCCGACAGGGUGCCUGCAUCGGUCUGGCCGAAGUAAUUGAUUGUUGCACGAGGAAGCAAAUCGAAGACUAUGUAGAUACGCUUGUAAAUGCUGUUCUGGACGGCGUCUGCGAUGAAAUUCAUGAGGUACGGGCUUCUGCUGCUCUAGCUUUUACUGUACUACACAAACGUAUUGGCUAUCGCGCAAUCGACGAGACAAUUCCGAUGAUCCUAAAACGCAUUCAGCUCUCUUCGCUGCCCGAGGAGCAGGAGCGAGCGCUUCUUGGAUUGCAGGACAUUUUGCGUGUGAAGUCCCGCGAAGUGCUUCCUUAUGUAAUUCCACGACUCUUGAUGACACCGGUGACUGUGUCCGCAGCUCGUGCGUUAUCCCGAGUGGCCCAGGCUACCGGGGCUAUAAUUCACUUUCAGCUCGAGCGGAUUUUCGCAACGCUUUUUACACAGAACACUGAGCUGCAAAAAGACAGCGUUUUGAAUGUUUCAAAGAUUGAUCUAGCGACUGAAAUCAAAGAAUCUUUGCGAUGUGUGGUCCUGAGCGUGGAAGCACAAGGAGUUCAUUGGCUGGCUAUUGAGCUGUGUAAGUAUUGCGAGAGCGAUCGUAUGCUUGACCGGGCCCUGGCAUUCGAGCUUAUAGCCGAGUUUUGCUCUCAAACGACAGUGAUGUAUGAUGACCAAGCGCCGCUUUUUUUGAAGCAAAUUGUCUUGCAUCUAAAUGACCAAGACGAUGCCGUGGUACAUGCGGCAUCUGCGGCGCUGCAGGGAAUGAAUGUGACAUUGAAACCAGAGCAGUUUGCACAGCAUUUAGACUUUAUACGUCAAUCUAUAAAUUCAAUGGUCAGUGCUACGCGUCAUCGCAAGGGAGGCGUUGGUGACCGCGAGUACCUUCUUCCCGGCCUCUGUAUUUCAAAAGGUCUGGAGCCUUUUUUACCAUGUUACCAGUGGGCUCUAAUGAACGGGUCACCAGAGCAGCGCCAAAGCGCAGCCGCCGGCCUAGGCGAGCUUGUGGGGUUAAGUAGCGCUCCCGCUCUUCGUCCAUAUCUUAUGAAGCUUACAGGUUCGCUUAUCCGAAUUGCUGGCGAUCGUUUUCCAGGGCAUGUAAAGGCUGCCAUACUUCGGACUUUAGAAAUUGUUCUAACCAAAGGAGGCGGGGCUCUUAAGCCCUUCUUGCCCCAAUUGCAGACCACGUUCGUCAAGGCACUGAAUGAUACGGACAUAGAAGUGCGCAAUCGUGGAGCUUCAGCUUUAGGUCUACUCGUCACGCUGAGUCCACGUGUUGAGCCACUUCUUGCUGAGCUUACUGAGCGCUUGCGUAUUACGGUUGGUGGCGUUCGUCAGGCCAAUCUCGAAGCUGUGGCAUCUAUUGUAGAUCGUGUUGGUGACAAGCUGUCGGUUACAGGCCGCAGCAAAUUAGAAAGCGCUCUCGAGGAAAUGCUUGAGUCAAGCGAAGAUGCCUUACGAAUAGGUGCGAGCAAGUGCCUCUCCUCCUGCGUUGCUCAAGAUGGCAACUUAAAAGCAGCCCAACAGCGAUUACUUGAUUACAGUUUGGCAACAUUGUCCACAGACAAUUUGAAGGCUCAGUCAUGGCAGCGCCGCCAAAGUGCAGCUGUAUUUACUGCGUUUGCGCUGCACAAAUGUUCGGCUUUAUUGGCUACGAGCGUUUUAAAACCACUCAACCGUACGCUUAUUACUUUAGCAAAAGACGACCAGGUGGCUGUACGCAACCAUGCGCUUGUUGCUAUAAGUGCAGUAUUGGCAAAUCAGGAGCAUGGCGAUAGUGUUGCUUCUUUUGUGCCAGUCUUAGUGGAAGGAGUUGAGCACAAGAGCAAGGAUGUAGUUCGCGGCGCGUUGCGCGUGAUUAAAUCGGCAGCUAAGCGCUCGCCUGAAAGGAGUUUGCUGUAUUUGCUCGAGGUGCACUCGCGCCCGGAAAGCCAGGCGGAAUAUUUGCGCAGUGGUGCUGCUGACGCCAAGAUUAUUGGAGAUCUACUGCGAUCAAAACUGUACGCCAAGGUGUGGUCGCCAUUUAGCGCCUGA